AUGGCGGCGGCGGCGGCCACGGGCGCUCGCUCCUGGUUCGGUGGCGGCGGCGGCAGCAGCAGCGGCUCCGGCUCCGGCUCCGGCUCGGGCUCGGGCUCGGGCUCGGGCUCGGGCUCCGGCUCCCGUCUGGGAAGCCCGGCCUCCAGCCCCCAGCUCGGCGGCGGCGGCGGCGGCGGCAAGGGCCGCCCGCAGUCCGGCCACACGGGCCAGGGGCAGGGCGCCGGGCCCGGACAGGGACAGGAGCCGGGCCCCAAGCCCUCGGCGACCCCCGCAGCCCCUCCGGGACACAGCUUCAGGAAGGUGACGCUCACCAAACCCACCUUCUGCCACUACUGCACUGACUUCAUCUGGGGGUUGGCCGGCUUUCAGUGCGAGGUCUGCAACUUUAUGUCUCAUGAGAAAUGCCUGAAACACGUGAAGAUCCCAUGUGCCUGCAUUGCUCCGAGCCUGGUCAGGGUUCCUGUUGCUCAUUGUUUCGGGCCCCCAGGACACUACAAGAAGAAGAUCUGUGUUGUCUGCAGAAAGUCGCUAGAUUUCCCUGCAUUUCGCUGUGAAGUUUGUGAGCUCUAUGUACAUGCCGACUGCAUCCCCUUUGCCUGCAGUGACUGCCGCCAGUGUCAUCAGGAUGGUCACCAGGACCAUGACACAUACCACCAUCACUGGAGGGAGGGGAAUCUCUCUUCCAAUGCCCGCUGCGAGGUGUGUAAGAAGACAUGUGGGUCCUCGGAGGUGCUGUCAGGCAUGCGGUGCGAAUGGUGUGGCAUUCUGGCUCAUACUGCCUGCUAUGCUGUUGUGACCCCUGAAUGCACAUUUGGCCGGCUGAAGAACAUGAUUCUUCCACCUAACUGUGUGCGUUUGUCUUCUCGAAAUUUCAGCAAAAUGCACUGCUUUCGGAUAUCAGAGAGCAUCCAGACAGAGCCAGAUGAUGGUGAUGAUGCUGUGGACACUGGCCCAGCUCCAGGGUCACUGAAAGAAGCCCAGGUUUCUACAGACUCCGGCAAACAGACACUGAAGAUAUUUGAUGGUAACGAUGCCGUGAAGCGCAACCAGUUCCGGUUGAUCACCAUUCCCAGGAUAGCAAAGACAGAGGAGGUUGUGGAGGCAGCCUUGAGGGCUUAUUACAUUAACGAGGACCAGCGAGAGUUUGAGCUCCAGACGUUGGCUCAGCAGGCCAUGACUGAUAAUGCAUCUCACAAAAAUGGAGGCCAGGAGGACGCCAGUAACACUAACAUCAGCCCCGUGUUCCGAGAAUCCAUUCCUGAAGCCUGGAUCAUUCGUGCUAAGCCCAAGGAUCAUGAAGUUAUAAAAAUUUACCCAGCUUGGCUGAAGGUGGGAAUGGCUUACGUCUCCAUCCGGAUCGACAAAGAGAGCACGGCUCAGACAGUGAUGAAAGAAGUUCUCCCACUGCUGGGGCGACAGGCAGAAAGUCUCCAGAAUUUCCGAUUUGUGGAGGUGCUCAUGGGCAGUAAACAAGUUCAGCGGAUGACACUGACCGAUGAGGAAUUAAUUCUCAGCAGACUUCAUGACAUCCGAAAGACUUCCAUACGUCAGAUGAACCAGACGAGAUUUUAUGUGGUAGAAAAUGGUGAUGCCACCACACAAGUGAACCUGUUUGUUGGAGGCCUGCCCCCCCAGCUCUCUGCUGAAGAAUACACUCAUAUCUUAAAGGAAGAUUUGGCUAUCAAAACCAAUCUAGUGUCAGUAACGCAUGUUUACGCAAAUCAAGGGGCUGUUGUACUUGACAUCUCCUGUUUUUCGGAGGCAGAGAGAAUAUAUAUGCUCCUUAAGGAUACAAUGGUCCAGGACAAACAGCUGAUGGGAAUUGUGAUGCCUGAAGUGAUGCAUGCAAAGCUGCCCCCAGACUGCUGCCCAGUCCUUGUGUUUGUGAACCCGAAAAGUGGAGGGCUGAAAGGUCGGGACCUUCUCUGCAGCUUCAGGAAACUGCUGAAUCCUCAUCAGGUCUUUGAGCUCACCAACGGUGGCCCUUUCCCCGGGUUUCACAUGUUCUCCCAAGUCCCCUGCUUCCGGGUCCUGGUGUGUGGUGGGGACGGCACCGUGGGCUGGGUGCUGGGAGCCUUGGAAGAGAUCCGGCACAAAUUGGCAUGCCCAGAGCCCUCUGUGGCCAUCCUGCCCCUGGGCACAGGUAAUGAUUUGGGCAGAGUGCUGCGCUGGGGAGCAGGCUACAGUGGGGAGGACCCAUUCUCUAUUCUGGUGUCAGUGGAUGAAGCUGAUGACGUCCUCAUGGACCGAUGGACUAUCCUUCUGGAUGCUCAGGAUGUUGUUGAGAACACUGAGAAUGGGGUGGUUGAUCCAGAACCUCCAAAGAUCGUACAGAUGAACAAUUACUGUGGAAUUGGAAUCGAUGCAGAAUUGAGUUUGGACUUCCAUCAUGCAAGAGAGGAGGAGCCUGGCAAAUUUACUAGCAGAUUCCACAACAAAGGGGUAUAUGUCAAAGUUGGGUUACAGAAGAUCAGUCAUACCAGGAACCUCCACAAGGACAUCCGACUUCAAGUGGACCAGCAUGACGUCGAAUUGCCAAAUAUCGAAGGGCUGAUCUUCAUCAACAUCCCCAGCUGGGGUUCUGGAGCUGACCUCUGGGGGUCUGACAACGAUGCUCGGUUUGAGAAGCCACGGAUUGAUGAUGGCCUGCUGGAAGUGGUUGGGGUGACAGGCGUUGUUCACAUGGGCCAGGUGCAGGGGGGAUUACGCUCAGGGAUCCGCAUUGCCCAAGGCUCCUAUUUCCGGGUCACCCUCCUGAAGCCAAUCCCAGUGCAAGUUGAUGGAGAGCCAUGGAUUCAGUCCCCAGGCCACAUGAUCAUUUCUGCUGCUGGACCAAAGGUUCGCAUGUUGAAAAAGUCAAAGCAAAAGCCGAAAAAAGGAACUGGAAGCAUGAAGGAUGCCAAAACAGAGAGUGCAGGAUUCCCAGAAGGAGAGACGAAAUAGAGGAGAGUGUGGAGGCCAAGGCCUGGUGAAUG